CAUACAUGACACAACGCAAAUUGAUGUUGACCCCCCACCCCCUAAUUUACUGAAGCAGUGUCAAUGAUAAUUAACUUUAAUUCUCGCCUAAAAAAAAGAAAAAAACUUUAAUUCUCUUAAGCAGAUUUACUAAACCUAUCAUUUAUUUAGAGAGGUAAACAUAUCAAAUUUUUGAUUAAGUGAAAGAAAUCCCGUGUCAAAUAUCAGUUGGUAUGAAUUCAGAUUUAAAUUCAAAUGAGAUUAUUUUUGAAUCUGCGAUUGAAAAUACAAUCGAAAAUUGCGUAAUGCCAAUUCUAGUUGAAUCCGACAAUGAUACGAAAGUUGAAUCAGUAAUGGCGUGAAUUCAAGAGUAUUGUAGAUUCCAAAAUGAUAGUCAAAGUCUGGUUUACUCAUCGAACUUUUGUGUGUAUUCGUCGUUUGUAGAGAUUUAUUGUAAUCAAUAAUAAAAAAAAUAUUUACAUCUUCACAUGAAAAGUAUUCCAAUCAUCUCUUCAAAGGACAUUCCGACUACACCUAAAGGCCUUUUUAGCGCAGUGGUUGUUCGAUCAAAUCAGAUCAUUCUCGGCAUCCCGAUCAGCCUUUGGCUACUUUUCGGCGCCGAUCCGCUCAAUUUCAAGGUCUCAUUUCCUUGCAGAAUUGGGGGAAAAGAUGAGUCAAGUGUUCGAAGGUUACGAACGGCAGUACUGCGAGCUGUCUGCUAACUUAUCCAAAAAGAUUACUUCAGCUAGUCUCCUUGAUGGAGAACAGAAAAAACAGAAAGUAUCUGAAGUACAAGGACGAUUGGAGGAUGCUGAGGCAUUGAUACGUAAAAUGGAUCUUGAAGCUAGGAGCUUGCCACCAAGUGUGAAGGCCAUGCUUCUUGCCAAACUGAGAGAAUAUAAAACUGAUUUGAACAAUUUGAAAUCGGAAGUGAAGAGAAUCACAUCAGCUAAUGCCAAUCAAGCUGCAAGAGAUGAGUUGUUGGAAUCUGGACUGACAGAUACAAUGGCGGUAUCAGCUGAUCAAAAAGCAAGGUUGUUGAUGUCAACUGAAAGACUAAAUAAGACGGGUGAAAGGGUCAGGGAUAGUAGAAAAACAAUGCUCGAAACUGAGGAGCUUGGGGUCUCAAUUCUUCACGAUCUGCAUCAACAACGCCAAUCGCUUCUGCAUGCACAUGGCACACUUCAUGGGGUGGAUGACAACAUAGGUCGGAGCAAAAAGAUUCUCACUAAUAUUUCGAGAAGGAUGAGCAGAAAUAAGUGGAUGAUUGGAACAGUUAUUGCAGUCUUGGUUAUUGCAAUUAUUCUAAUUCUUUACUUCAAGCUGACCCAUUAGAUCAUCAGCUUUGAUGAUUGAAAAUCCUAUUUUGUUUUUCCACCGCAAGUGUGGAUGUCUUAAAAUACAUCGUCUAUUUAUGAUGUUGUGUGAUUGUCGCUUUCCUGAUUUUGUUGGACUUGAUUUUUGUUAGUAUUUUGUACCCAAGAUAUUAUGGUAACUGUAACAUGUUAAGGGUACAUAUUUUUUGUUUGA